UAUUUCACUAAAGAAAUGGUGUUCAUUGGAAUGUCUUUGCUGAAAUACAUAGAAGUUGACAAGGUUGACAAGCUUAUGGUGCUCAUGAGCAAGCUGGUGUAUGGGGAUAUGACCAAGUACGGCUUGACCAGGCCAAAGGAAGGACCUUUUGCUCUAAAAAUCAAGGGGGGUCGUACCCCUACCAUUGAUGUGGGUUGUGUGUCAAGGAUUAAGAAAGGCAAAGUAAAGGUGUUCCCAGGUAUUACAGGCAUAAAAAAUGACAAGAUGGUUGAGUUUGAGGAUGGACGAAUUGGUCAAUUUGACGUUAUAAUCUUUGCCACCGGAUACAAAAGCAAUGUGCUGAAAUGGCUUAAGGAUUACAAAGGGAUGUUCAAUGAGAGUGGAAUGCCUAAACCAAGAUAUCCAUCACAUUGGAAAGGAGAAAACAACAUCUACUGUGCUGGGUUUUCAAAGAGGGGAUUAGAAGGUAUUGCUUAUGAUGCUCAGGAAAUAGCAAAUCAUAUCAGUUUGACUAUGAAUGCAAGGAAUGUACCUAGUUCUAUGGCCAAUAUUGCCGGAGUCGAGUAAUAAAUAAAUGGGUUUGCAGUGUGAUAUACGAGUACUAUCAUUUUCUCCUAGGGGAGACUUCAUGUGGAUGAUCAUUAUUAGUAUCGGUGUUAAUUAGUUACAUUAACACCAUAUUUGUUUUUGAUCGGUCAAAACUAAUUCCAUUCCAAGGUACAAAGGAGUACCAAAAUUUAUGUAAAAUUUAUCAAAAGUUAUAUAGAAUUUUGUGUGUUAAUUAUAGACAAUGAAUGUU